UAGUGAAACAAGCGCCAUUUUGGGAACAAAAUUUAAACUUUCAGAAUGGUUAUGCCGAAAUGUUGUGAAUAUAUAGCAACAGUGAUUGCUUUUAUUGACAUAAUUUAAUUUUUACUCUAGGAAUUAUCGUAAGAGGUUCAGCAUGUGGUGGAUCGUGCAGGGCAUCACCAGCUUCUUUUACUACUCCAUUCUAGAUUUUGUUUUCUUCAUCAUAGUAGACGCUUUCGCCAAGUUUACGAUUGGAGACACAAAUUCAAAAACUGUUCAAGAGAAGAGGCUGAUUUGGUUCUGGGAGUCAGUUGUGCUGUUUAUCCUGAGUUUCAUCAUCUAUCUUUGUGAUCAUGUCCCCUAUCUCCUUAUUACUCUGUCAGUUGUAACCUUUGGCUACACACAGUUUGGCGUCUCAUUCAACAUAUACAGAUGGUGGAGACAGAUGAAAACCAGAUGGGAAGAACACCAGCAUCAUCAAGACAGCAUGACAAGAUUGCAGGUCCAGCUAGCAAUGCAUCAACAGCAGCAGCAACAACAAGAAGCAUUGCAACAAAUGAUGGCCUUCAACCACCAACCACAGCACCCUGUACAACAGCCAGGCCAGCAGAACAUCUUCAACGCCACACCAGCCAACAAGCCUAAGGCUGGCCAGGAAGAAAGGGGCAUCUACAAGUCAAUAUGGUCCAAAACACCAAAAAUUCAGCUCAGUAGUCUAUUUAAGAGAGCACAAGCUGAGAAUAAUGAGGAAAAAGCAGCAAAUCCUAAUUCUAGUCCUCCUCCGCCUAUUAAGAAACAGGAAUUUAGCUUUAUGCCCUCCCUGCGUGCAAAAUCGAGCUUUGCAGGAGGUCAGCAUUUGGCCACUAUGAAAGAUGAUUCUCCACCCGCAAAGCCUUCUUGGUAUGGUGAUAACCUCUCCCGUAAACCUUUGCGGUCAGGAAGGUUAAUGCCUUACUCACCAGCAUCAAGGCCUCAAAAUGAUUCUUUACGUUCCAGGAUCAUGUCAAAAUUUGGAUUCGGAUCUUCAGAAUCUACACCCGCUGGCCUUAGGAAUGAAGGGCAAAAUCUCUGUUUUAUCAAUGCCGUAAUACAGUGUCUUGCAAGGACCCCUGGACUUGUUUCAGAACUAGAAAAUGAGGCUGCUUACAAAGACUCAGAUUGCAGCAUGGCAGAAUCUUUACUUCUAAGCACGUUGUCUGAGCUGAUGCAUAGUUGUAACAUGAAUGAGAAGCCACUCCUUGAUCCUAUAGCAUUCAGACAAGCUGCAUCCUCUCUGAAUCCUAACCUUGUGGCUCCACCUACUCAGCGCCAAUCACAGCAGGAUGCAGCAGAGUUUUUCAUGUGGCUAGUGGAAUCACUUCAUUCUAUUAUUAACAGAAACAGAAAAACUAGGUCAAAUGACAGGCCAGCCCCAAGGGAAUCUAAACGCUUGAAGGUGAUGAAAUUCAUUUAUGGUGACUUGACACCAGCCAAAGUGUCAGACCUGAAGAAAGCAUGUAAAGAAGAGAUUAAUGCAGCUCAUGGCCUAUUGAAUGAUUCCUAUGCAGAAUCUGUACAGAGACUGUCAGAUUUGGAGUGGAUAUCAUACAAAGAAGAGAAUUCCUCUGUUGUCGACAACCUCCUCACCGGACAGUUAGUGAUUGCCUACCACUGUUUGGCCGACAACCACAUAUCAGUCAAUAUGCAGACUUUCAGCAUAUUACCAGUGCCUAUAGAAGCUCCUAGACAGGUGAAUGGUCUAGUCCAUUUAAGUGAUUGCUUUACCAAAUUUUGUAACAUUGAACAUCUAGUGGGACAAGAUGGACUGGAGUGUUCAUUCUGCAAUGCUCAGAGAGCCCGGCAGCUGGAACAGGUGAGGACGCCAGUGAGCACCCCCUACCUCAGGAACAAUUACAACUUCAGAACCCCCAAUGGGAGGACUGCAUUGUCCAGUGCAGAUUCUGCUGUGUCAGGGGUUGGUUCUCCGCUGGCAACAAAUUUCAUGUCCCCCAUACCCGGGUCUAGAGACAUGCUUAGCGACAGUGGUUUUCAGGAUAACGUGUUCAAAACAUCCACACCUAUCAGUGACAAUCAAAUCCCCCUCCCACAGCGCUUACGUGAUGCCCAGAGACGAUGUUCACUGCGUCAGUUACCGGACUGUCUUGUGAUCCAGUUAAUGCGUUUCUCGUUCAAUCCUUAUACGAGGCAGACCAAUAAAGUCCAUGCUCCCGUCUCCAUCCCUUUGUCCAAUCUUGAUCUCACAGAGGUGAUGUUUGAUACCAUCGCAAAUCGCGAGGACCUGGCAGAAGAAGAAGCCAUCUACAAAUACGAUCUCUAUGGAUUGUGCUGCCAUCUGGGAGGGGAUAGUGCCAACUACGGACACUACGUUAGUUACUGUCUCCAUAGUGACAGCAAGUGGUACAGGUUCGAUGACGAGCGUGUUAUAGAAGUCGACAUGGAAUAUGAACUGACAACACAUGAAAUCAGGCAGAAUGCCUAUAUACUGUUUUAUAAAAAGCAAGGCAUGUCCGUUUGAUGUAUGAAUAGAUUUCAUUGUAGUCCGUAAAGUGUAGAUUGUAGUGUGGAGAAUUUCUAGAAUUAUUGAUGUCUUUGACUUUAGAAUCUUGAAAAAAAUGGCAAACUUUUUUAUCCAACUUCCAAAGAUCAAUUUUAUUUUUUUAUACUUUUAUUAGACUUUCAUCCUUUGCCUUAUUAAAUUAAACUAUCCAUGAAAUACAUAAUAUAUUAAGCAUGAUUAGAUUUGAUAGAAUUUAUUUACAUGUGCAAUUUUUCCCAGGGAAACUGUCAAAGAUGAUUUUUAGCUCUACUGGUCAGAGACCAGAAGAGCUUAUGCGAUAGUAAGGUGUCCGUCGUCCGUCUGUAAACAAUUUUUCAAAACGCUACUCCUCCUACAGUUUUAGUCUGAUUUCAGUAUAACUUGAUACACAAGUAGACUACACUAAGAUACAUAAUUCUGUGUAUCGGUUUUUGAUUUUCAUGAACAGUGUUGCCAUGAUUACUAAAAAUAGAGAUUUCUUAGAAGUGCUUUCAAAAAGCUACUCCUCCUACAGUUUUGAUCUGAUUUCAAUAUAAUUUGGCACACAAGUAGACUAGACUAGGAUACAUAUUUCUGUUUAUUGAUUUUGAUUUUGGUGAACAGUGUUGCCAUGGUUUAUACUAAAAAUAGAAAUGUUAAAAGGCUACUCCUCGUACAGUUUUAGUCUGAUUGCAAUAAAUCUUGCCACAAAAGAGACUACACCAAGGAUCAUUAUUCUAUGUAUUGCUGUUGCAAAGUUUCAAGUCUAAGUGCUACUUUUAUCUUCCAUUGUUAUAAGUACAAACCAGUAGAGCUACAGUCUCGUCAGACUUCUGGUUUUCAUUGGUACAUGUACUUGUUAUUAUCGUUUUGUUGAUUACUAUUGCAAAAGUUUUUAAGCACCUUAUGGCAUUUAUUGAUAUUGUUAAAACGAAAGCUAAGUUUUAAAUUAUCAAUAUGUUUGACCCAAGUCUGAUUCAAGAUUGUUUAUUUUUUUUAUUGAUUCUGCUAUGAUAACUACAUGGCAUGCAUUUUGAAUUGAUUAGAUUUUCAGGACCAGACAGAGAAAAAUAAAUGUCCUUAGCAAUAUGAGCAAUGAAAAUGAUAACAGCCAAAAAUGUACCUGAGGUAAAAUUUUAUAAGAAUAUUUUUCUCCAGCAUUAAUUUAGGAAAUGAAAGGAUAGAUUUGAAAAAGUUUUCAAACAAAUUGUCUAGCUCUUAUACUGGCAGUGUUUUCCCUUUAUUUCAAAGUAAAGGGUUUGAGAUCGAUUUUAAUAGGCUAGGGAUUUGAGGUUUAUGAAUAAAAUCUUUGUAGACCAUAUAAUAUUUAUGUUUUAAAUUUUGGUUUCUAAGCGGCAUUUAUAUCAAUUGAGGUGGUCAAUUUGGUCAGUAGCUGGUUCUUAGGGAAAACACUGUACUGAGCCCCAAACUUAUACUUUUCUGAGAAUGUGCCAUAAGAAACAGUACUUAUAUUUAACAUAAUUAAAUAAAAGCUGUUUAAUAUUUUUUUUUUUUUUUUUUUUUUGUAAUAUUAAAAAUGGUUCAAAAUAUUUCCCUUUUUUUAGUGGUAUAUUGUAUAUACCUAUUCAUGUAUACAAUGCUCUAAAAUUUAUAACAUUAAAAAAAGACUUUAUAUACAUAAAUUUUGAGGCAUUUAUUUUGGGAUGGGGGAUUAGAAAUUAUAUUUGACUAGUUUUAAAGGGAGGUUAGACUGAGCAAAGAAAUACUUGAACAAGAAGAGUUUUUUUUUUUUUUUCAAACUUGUAUUAGCAUGAUAAAGUGCAUUUUAAAUUCAUGUGUUAAGUUAAAAAAUGUUUAGACACAAUUUGAAAGGUGUUUUUCAUGUAUCAGAAAUUUUAAAAAGUCAGGUUUAAUGUCAAGUGUGUAGAGAUUAUCAUUUGCAUUGAUGCACUUCUAUUUAUACUUAAGAGAUAAUAUUUUUUUUAAAAAUUUCAAAUGUAAUUUUAAGAAAAAUGCAGAAGGGAGUUUAGCAGGUGUAGGAUUACUCAUAUAUAUGUGCUGUGCAAGAAGAUUUUCAUUGAGAAAAAGAAUUGCUAUUUUUAUUUGAAAAAAGGCCAACAGCAUGCAAGCAAAUGACAAAUUUUCUACUAUAAAGUUCUACAUUUAAAUAUUUGAAAUUUAUUGUGAUUUAUUAAUUAUUAGAACACUACACGGAGUAUGGGGAAGCCCAUUGAAAUUUACAUGUACUUUAUAAUUUUGUUAAAACUCUCCUUUUAAAGCAGAUUUAUGAUAAUUAUUAAUUUAUUACAAAAUUUUCAGUGUAUUUAAAUGCACUAUAAGGUUUGAAUUGCAAGUAGAACUACAAAUUUUGUAUAUAUGAAUGUACAUGUACCUGAUUGUAUAAAAA